UUGAUAGAAACUUUCUGAUUUUCGGAACGAACCUGCGUGUUCCGAAACUUUUCAAACAGGCAAUAUUGAUACAACCCAGUUUUAGCUUUAGUGUUGUCAGUUUUUCAAUUUCACGUAUCAUAUUGCUGUAAACAUAAUAAAAAAAAGUCUGCAUAAUGGCUCGCAGAUAUGAUACCCGAACAACAAUCUUUUCUCCGGAAGGCCGUCUCUAUCAAGUAGAAUAUGCGAUGGAAGCUAUAAGUCAUGCGGGUACUUGCCUUGGUAUUUUAGCAACCGAUGGCAUUUUACUUGCAGCAGAAAGACGCAACACAAACAAACUGUUAGACGAAGUUUUCUUUUCCGAGAAAAUUUACAAACUUAACGACGAUGUUGUUUGCUCUGUAGCUGGUAUCACUUCCGAUGCUAAUGUAUUAACAAACGAAUUGCGCCUAAUUGCACAACGCUAUCUUCUACAAUACGGAGAACCGAUCCCCUGCGAACAACUUGUUUCUUGGCUUUGCGAUGUAAAACAAACUUAUACACAGUAUGGUGGAAAAAGACCUUUUGGAGUUUCGAUUUUGUACAUGGGCUGGGAUAAGCAUUACGGAUACCAGUUGUAUCAAUCAGAUCCAAGUGGAAACUAUGGAGGAUGGAAGGCAACUUGUAUCGGAAAUAAUUCUGCAGCUGCAGUAUCGUCGUUAAAACAAGAAUAUAAAGAUGGAGAGACAACUCUAAAAGAUGCAAUGGCAUUAGCUGUAAAAGUACUUUCAAAAACUUUAGAUAUGAAUAAAUUAUCUUCAGAAAAAGUGGAAAUGGCCACAUUGACAAGAGAAAAUGGUAAAACCAAAGUGAGGAUUCUCCCUGCGAGUGAAAUCGAUGCCUUGAUCGCAGAACAUGAUCGUUUAGAAGCAGUUGCCGAACAAGCGAAGAAAGAUAAACAAAAAUUAUAGAAAAAGAAAAUAUAUCUUGUAUUUUUCUCUUA